UCCCACUUCCCAGCUCUUUGUGGCGGCAAAAGAGAGCAGAAAUAGCAGCAGAAUCAGAAGCAGAAGUAGGAAGCUAAACUCUAACCUAAACCAGGAUAAUGCUAUCCUUGCCGCUUCCUAUUCCGACCAAGAACACUCUCAUUCCUGGCAAACCAAAACACUCGUGCUCUCGCAGAACCAGAACCCAAACACACCCCUUCUUUCCACUCCAUUCUCCUAAACCCCUCAAGCCCCUCGAACCAACCACCGUAGUAAAAGUAGCUCUCAGAGAACAUGUCCAAGAGGAGGAGGAGGAAAGAAGAGACCGGAGCGCACCUGCCGGAGUGUCGGCGGAGGGAGAGCCGCUCCCGGCGGAGCUCCAGGAUGAUCUGAUGCCGAAGCACGUGGCAGUGAUCAUGGACGGCAAUGGGAGGUGGGCCAGCCAGAAGAGCUUGCCGGCCUCAGCCGGCCACGAGGCUGGCUCGCGGUCGCUGCGGGAGCUCGUCGAGCUCUCUUGCCAUUGGGGGAUUAGGGUUCUCACCGUCUUCGCCUUUUCUUACGAUAAUUGGAUCCGGCCCAAGGUGGAGGUGGAUUUCUUGAUGACUUUAUUUGAAAGAGAGAUAAAGUCACAGCUGGAUAAUUUUUUAAGGGAAGGUAUUCGAAUAAGCGUGAUCGGUGAUUCGUCAAAGCUUCCGAAGUCUCUACAGAAAUUGAUAAGUGAUGCAGAGGAGACCACAAAAGCCAACUCUAGACUCCAACUCAUUGUGGCGGUUAGCUACAGUGGGAAAUACGACAUCAUACAAGCAUGCAGAAGUAUUGCUUCCAAAGUCAAAGAUGGUGCUCUUGAACUGGAAGACAUCAGUGAAAGCCUAAUUGAACAGGAAUUAGAAACCAACUGCACCGAGUUUCCCUACCCUGAUCUACUAAUACGAACCAGUGGUGAACAAAGAGUAAGCAACUUCUUAUUGUGGCAGUUAGCCUACACUGAAUUUUUCUUCGUACGAGAACUCUGGCCUGAUUUUGGGAAAGCUGAGUUUGUAGAGGCCUUAAUUUCAUAUCAGCAAAGACAGAGACGCUAUGGUGCACGUCUGUAGGCAAUUGCCAGGUACAGAUAUAUCUUAGCUUCCAUUAUGCAGAAAGCUUGUACCAUGAGAUGAAGUCCCCAUCAGAUUAUUUCAUGAUCCAGCAUCGAGUCAGAGAUUCAAAAAUGGCUAGCUCAACAGGCACCUAAUUAACAUCAAGGUGCUGGAUGUACAUAUAAUAAACAAACAUCAUAUAUCACCAUAUAUUUGGAAUGAUAUAUCUCUAUUUACCAAA